AUGGUGAAGAGUAAUCAAACUACUGUGGUGACAGAGUUUCUCUUCUCUGGAUUUCCUCAGUUUGAAGAUGGUAGCCUCUUCUUCUUUAUUCCUUUAUUUGUCAUCUACGUAUUCAUCGUUCUUGGGAAUCUCACUGUGUUUUUUGCAGUCAGGAUAGAUUCUCAUCUCCACAAUCCCAUGUAUAAUUUCAUCAGCAUUUUCUCAUUCCUGGAGAUCUGGUACACCACUUCGACGAUUCCCAAGAUGCUGUCCAACCUCAUCAGUAAACAGAGGACCAUCUCCAUGACUGGCUGCCUCUUACAGAUGUACUUCUUCCAUUCACUGGGAAAUUCAGAGGGGAUUUUGCUGACCACCAUGGCAAUUGACAGAUAUGUUGCCAUCUGUAAUCCUCUCCAUUACCCGACCAUCAUGACUCCCCAGCUGUGCGCUCUGCUCUCUGCAGGCUCCUGCAUCUUUGGCUUUUUUGUGUUGCUCCCAGAGAUUGCAUGGAUUUCCACAUUGCCAUUCUGUGGCCCCAACCAAAUCCACCAGAUCUUCUGUGACUUUGGACCUGUGCUGAGCCUGGCCUGCACAGACACUUCCAUGAUUCUGGUUGAGGAUGUGAUCCAUGCAGUGGCCAUCAUUUUCGCUGUCUUGAUUAUUACCAUCUCUUAUAUCAGAAUCGUCACUGUGAUCCUGAGGAUUCCCUCUGUCGAAGGUCGCUGGAAGGCUUUCUCUACCUGUGCAGCUCAUCUCACUGUCUUUCUGAUGUUCUAUGGCAGUGUCUCCCUCAUGUACCUGCGUUUCUCGGCCACUUUCCCACCAAUUUUGGACAGAGCCUUUGCACUGAUGUUUGCAGUUCUUGCACCCUUUUUCAACCCUAUCAUCUAUAGUUUGAGGAAUAAGGACAUGAAAAUUGCAAUUAAGAAACUUCUCUGCUCUUAG